AAUUCAUUGACCAGCGUCGUACAGUUGUUGUGUACAUGCAUGUCGAAAUAAUUUUUAGGUUAUAAACGUUUUUCAGGAUGUUUCAAGCUACUCUGGGGCGUAAUUCCCCUUACCGUAUUUACAAUGCCAUUGAAAAGGCACGUCCUGUUCUUCUUUGUAAUGUUAUUCGAACGUACAUUUCAGUCGCCGAACGAAUGAACGAUGCAUACACGAAGGCUCACAAAACUUUGCUGGGAAAGAAGCUGCCUCAUGAUGUUAACAUUAAAGGUGUAUUUGCGUGCAAUGAAUUAGACCUAAGAGAGGUGCGCGUCUAUGGCUUUGACUAUGACUACACGUUGGCUUGCUACAAACCAAGUAUGGACUUCCUCCUCUACAAUUUGGGCCGUGAUCGUCUUGUGGACAAACUCAAAUAUCCUGAGGGGAUUAGAGAGCUCGAAUACCAGCCUGGAUUUGCUGUCCGGGGAUUACAUUAUGAUGUCAGCAAAGGAUUGCUCCUUAAGCUUGACUCAUUUCUUCAAAUUCAAUUGGGUUCAGUCUAUAGAGGUCUGACAGCUCUUUCUGAUGAGGACGUCAUGAAGUUGUACAAAAGCAGGACAAUACCAUUGGCGUAUGUUGAAAGCGCUCGAGGUGGAGUGAAUAAGAAAGAUGCAAGCAGCAAGAUGGUCCAAUUAGCUGAUCUCUUCUCAGUACCUGAAAUGAGUUUACUUUGUAAUGUGUUAGAUUACUUUCAAAGGCAUCAAAUAGAUUUUCAUCCUGAAAUAUUGUUCUCAGAUGUUAAGACCUCUGUUCAAAAUUGUCAUCCAAUAAUGCAUAGAUUGGUGCAGGCCAAUGUAUCAGAGUAUUUAGAACUGAAUCCAGACAUCCGUAAACUGUUUGAACAGCUGAAAAACAAUGGAAAGAAACUAUUUCUUAUUACUAAUAGUCCUUACAACUUUGUAAAUGCAGGGAUGACGCUUUUGGUUGGCGAUGACUGGAUUGAUCAUUUUGAAGUUGUCAUUGUACAAGCUCGCAAACCCCGCUUUUUUACUGAUGAAUCCAGACCAAUUCGAAUGUUUGACACAGAAACUGGUGUUCAUUUGUGGGACCGUGUCACAAAAUUGGAAAGAGGAAAAAUCUAUUGUGAGGGUACACUAAAGCAAUUAGAAGCUAUUACAGGUUGGCAAGGAAAGCAAGUGCUUUACUUUGGGGACCAUCCGUACACUGACCUUGCUGAUGUCACUUUAGAACAUGGUUGGCGAACAGGUGCAAUUGUUCAUGAGCUCUCUCAUGAGAUACAAACAUUAAAUAAUGAUGAGUUUAAGCUAAACUGCAAUUGGCUUCAAAUGUUAACAAUGCUGAUUGAAGAUCACCAAGAAAUUGAAGACAAUCCUAUGGCUAAAAAUGUUUUAGAUAAGUGGAUUGAGGAGAGGGAUCGGCUCAGGUUGGAAAUCAAGAAAGUGUUCAAUCCACAAUUUGGUUCAGUUUUCCGGACCUUCAACAAUCCGACCUAUUUCUCCCGACGACUCUUUCGCUUUGCGGAUAUAUACACUGCCAAAAUAACUAAUCUACUACAGUACUCGACUGAUCAUACCUUCUAUCCGAGACGUGGUGUGAUGCCGCAUGAAUAUGCAUCAUACUUUGUGUAGUUGUAGUGUUAUUGAAUUUGAUGAGAGAAUGUUAGUUAGGCUGAAAAGAUAAAGAUAGACUAUAACUAUUUUUCCUUGUAAAUUUUGAUUCCUAUGUAGAAAAAUAAUUGGCUAUGUUGUGGUGAAGUAUUAUCAAGUGAGGUACCAUUUUAUCAGUGUAUGUCUCUUCUUGUUGUUAGUAUAUCAUGAGAGAAGUAUGUAUACUCUGAUGUAUCACAAAUGAGAGCCUGAUUAGAAUAUGAAUCAGUAUUACAUGCUCAACCUGAUGUGUUCCUUUCAGUAGUUAACAAUUUUAUUUAGAGAAAGGGAUUUGUAGUGGGUUCCUGAAAAGUGUGAGGCUAUUGAAAUAAAUGGAAUAUUAUGCUAUGUUGUGUUGGACCUUGAAAGAGCAGGUAAAUUCAUAUGACUAGUUCUGUUAAGGUUAAGCAUCUUAGGAUCUGAUGUUUUCACAAGUAGUGAGUAAACUAUGAUCAAAUUUACCAAGACUUUUUCUUGUGAUUGGAUUGAUAGUACAAUUUUAAGAAGACAUGCUUUAAAUAAACCUCUCUGUAAUUGUUUGCUACUAAGGAAAUAUUGUGGAAUUGUGAACCAUCAUUUGUGCUGGUGAUUAGUUUCCAAAAAUCUGUUUCUAGUUUCGUUCUGUUCUUCAAAUCUCAAAGAAAUAAGUUUGUGGCUAUCAUGUGUCUUUUGAAAUUUAGAUAAUUGUUUUUUCUUUUAGUUUAAAUAUUGAAACGGAUUUUUGUUGUUGGCAGUGGUCUUCUUUCAUGGUAUUUCAGAACCGGCUGUGUAUUCUGGUCUUAUUUAUUUAUUUAUUAUUACUGUGCAUAUUAUAUUUCAAUGUAAGGAAUUAAAUUUGUGCCAUAAUUUUAAAGAUUUUGAAAGUUUUUAUUAUAUUGAAAGGGCCUGGUUUACUCUGAAGUUCACUUUUUGUCUGUUUUGUCUGUCAAUUCCAGUCUUUCUAAGUGUUGUAUGUGUGUGUGCUUAUGUUGUGUACUUUGCCAGCAGAGCUAAUGAAAUUUCUGCUUAAUUACUUGGAAGCUUUGAUAGUGAUGAAACAUACUAUUCUAUAACUGUAGUUCGUAAAUGCUAUUUUGCUUGUCGGUGGUUACACACUUCUGUGAUUGAAGACAAUAUGUUCAGUUCAAGGCUAUUUUAUGUGUGGGGCAGGAACAUUAGCUUAGAAUUUAGAUCUAGAGCAGCUCAAGCCUCUGAGGAUUUUCCCAAACUGUGUGUACAUUAUAAUUUUGUGCUCAACUACAGAAUGAUUUUCAUGCAAUGAGUUAUUAUAAUUUUUCUUGGAAUCAAUUUAGUGGUUCUUUGAAACAGGAGGUGUACUAAAGUGAGAAUUUUAUUUUUGUACUUUCUGUUCUUUUAGGAUGUCUGUGAAGAGGGCAUUCAACCACCAAUUUGGAUCAGUUUUUCGGUCUGGCAACAACUCCUCAUAUUUUUUUCGAAAACUGCAUAGACUUUCUGAUAUUUAUACUGCCGAUCUGACAAA